AUGGAGGACGUUCGUAGUCUUAGUAUUAUAGACCAGCGUACUUUCGAUGCGGACUCCUUUGGUUAUGAUCGCUUAGGCGAGAUUGCCCAGGUUGCUGAGCGGGCGUUGUCCGUCAAUGCAACAAAUGUUGUACGUCACGAUCUCGAUAGGCAUGUUGAGGUUCAUGACAUUUUGAGUCAAGAACUUGCACCUGUAGACCCGACCCAGCAACAUCCACCACCCAGACCUCCGAGGCGUUCGCGCAGUGAUAACCCAGCUGAGGGUGAGCGUGAGAGUCAGGGUGAGGAUGAGGCUGAGGAUGAGGCUGAGGAUGAGGAUGAGGCUGAGGAUGCAGACCAGGAUGAUCAGUUUGAGGGUCAGGGUUAUCAGCGCCAUGAGGAGCAGGGAUCGAGUCAGACUCUAGGGACUCCACCGUUGGCUGCUUUGGACAAGACAACCCAUGAGCCUGUAAUGGGGUUGAAACCCUCAGUGACCCAACCAGCGGAACCUCGCACUGCUGAUGUAGCACUGCUGCUGGAUGACGCUGCCGAUGCUGCUGUUGUGGUGUUGCCUCAUCAGCCACCCAUGGUCGCAGCCGCUGCUACUCCAACAAACUUGAGAGACAAAAUUUCUGUCCAUUCUUCAUCGUUAAUUGUUGUUGUUGCGGGUUCUGAAAUCACGCCGCAAAGAGAUAUGGUGGCGCAAUUAAAGGAUGCCGCUGUUGUUGACGAGAGAAUUUCUGAUGCUGCUGUGGUCGCUGUUGUUGAUCAGAGCGCCCCCAAUGCUCCAUAA